AUGGACGCCAGAGAACUUGGAUCUCAGCUAAAAGACAGUAUUCCAGUUACUGAACUGUCAGUAAGCGGGCCUUUUGAAAGUCAUGAUCUUCUUUGGAAAGGGUUUUCUUGUGUGAAAAAUGAACUUUAGCCCAGCCAUCCUCUUGAACUAUCAGAAAAAAAAAAUUUCCAGCUUAACCAAGAUCAAAUGAAUUUUUCCACACUGAGGAACAUCCAAGGUCUGUUUGACCCCCUGAAGUUACAAAUGGAGUUUAAGGCAGUGCUGCAGGUUCAGCGUCUUCCAUUUCGGUCAAGUUCCAACCUUUCACCGGGUGUUUUGAAAGGCAAUGAUGAGACCAUUGGCUUUGACGAUAUCCUUAAUGAUCCGUCACAAAGUGAACUAAUGGGCGAGCCACACUUGAUGGUGGAACACAAGCUGGGUUUACUGUAA